AUGGCAAUUGUCAAAAUUCUAGACGGAGGCCUCGGUACCUCCCUCCAAGACCAGUAUAGUGUGCAGUUCGAUAGCACAAGCACACCCCUCUGGUCCUCACACCUCUUAGUCUCAGACCCAACCACCCUGGAAGCGUGCCAAAAGGACUUCUGCGACGCAGGCGCCGACGUCCUCCUCACAGCAACAUACCAAGUCUCACCCGAAGGCUUCCUCCGCACAAAGACCACCGAAUAUCCCAACGGCAUCCCCAGCACAGCGAUAGGUCGGUACCUCCAAACGGCCGUGGAUGUCGCCGAGCGCGCAAAUGUCCGCCAAGGCGCUCAAGUUGCGCUUAGUCUGGGUCCGUAUGGGGCGUGUAUGAUUCCCGGACAGGAGUACAGUGGAGCGUAUGAUGUGGAACAUGAUGGGGAAGAGGAACUUUACCAGUGGCAUCUGGAGCGGUUGAGGCUUGUUUUGGGUGCGGAUGGGAAUUUGAUUUCGCGGUUGCAGUUUGUGGCUUUUGAGACGUUGCCGAGGCUUGAUGAGGUGAGAGCUGUUAGGAGGGCGAUUCGGGAUGCGGGAAUUACGGUGCCUUAUUGGAUUGCAUGUGUUUUCCCGGGGGAUGAGGGGUUGUUGCCGGAUGGGAGCUCAAUUAAGCAGGUUGUUGAUGCUGCCGUUGGGCCUUUGGAGGGUGGUGCUUCGCCGUGGGGUAUUGGGAUUAAUUGUACGAAGAUUCACAAGCUGCCUGGUCUGGUUAACCAAUUUGGAGCUUGUAUUGCUGGGGCAAUUUCUGCUGGACAGAUCUCAACUGCUCCUAGUUUUGUGUUGUAUCCUGAUGGUACCAAUGGAGAGGUCUACAAUACGACGACACAGACCUGGGAGAAGCCGGAUGAUCUCAGUGAUGGUCAGAGAGAUACUCGCCCUUGGGAAACCCAAAUCGCGCAGGUUGUCAAUGAUGCCUAUGAAAAUGGCCCUUUCAGAUCAUUCCUUGUUGGUGGUUGUUGCAAAGCGUCACAUCAUGAUAUCAAAAAGCUUCGAGACCAAUUCUGA